GCACCACGUCGGGCGCACAUCGGGGGCCUGCUUGUUGUAAAACGAUGUCGCGAGCUGAUGACGUCCUCUUUCUCCGCUGCCCGACAGGAGCACAGAAACUUUGAGUCCGCCAUCCAUCACAUUUGAACAAUGGCCGAGGAAGGCAUUGCUGCCGGAGGUGGGAUGGAUGUGAACACUGCUCUCCCAGAGGUGCUGAAGACCGCACUCAUCCAUGACGGCCUUGCCCGUGGAAUCCGCGAGGCUGCCAAGGCCCUGGACAAGCGUCAGGCCCAUCUCUGCGUCCUGGCCGCCAACUGCGAUGAGCCGAUGUACGUGAAGCUGGUGGAAGCCCUCUGCGCUGAGCAUCAAAUUAACCUGAUAAAAGUUGACGACAACAAGAAGCUCGGUGAGUGGGUCGGUUUGUGCAAGAUCGACCGGGAGGGCAAACCCCGCAAGGUGGUCGGCUGUAGUUGUGUUGUUGUCAAGGAUUACGGCAAGGAGUCUCAAGCCAAGGACGUGAUUGAGGAAUACUUCAAAGCCAAGAAAUGAAGUGUUAAUAAAACAUGAAAAUGAAAUUGU